CUUUCAUUGGCUUUUAAUAAUGCUAUAGAUUUAGAUGACGAAGAUCUUAUACCAAUUGAAAACAAUAAUAUAGCUGAAAAUUUAUCUCCUAUACCAUCAAAUUCUUCAUUUGAAAAUUAUUCUCGUGCAAGUUUUAGUCAACAUGCACAAUUAAGAAAGACAGCAAAUCAACAUGUUACUCAAAACCUUAUUCUUGUCGUAAGAACAAUACUCUUUGUACUUUUCAUUGUGGUUGUAUUUGCUGGAUACAUGCAAAAAUCAUUAAGUUUUAUUGAACCACUUUUUUUUCGUUGGUUUUUAGAUUGCGUAAUGUAA